AUGUCCACGACUGGAGCAGCUUUCUCUCUUCUGCCUGCACAAAGAUGUCAACAUGCCACCUUCCUUCUUCCAACUCACUCAUCUGCGCACCCUCCUCCUCACGACCGCAUCUGCACUAGAGGCUCCCGGUUUAGCCAAUCUCAGUUCGCUCUCCACUCUCCACAUAGCCUCCCCGAACCUCAGCUUCCAAGCAACUUGGGAGCGUUUCCGGCUCUCAAGCACUUGGAGCUACACUUGUUGCCGCUCACAGACCUCCCUGACUCGCUCUGCCAGCUCACCUCGCUGAAAUUCUUCUCGCUCCUCUAUUGCCAACGGAUCCACCAGCUACCAGACGAAUUCAGCUGCCUUACUGCACUGGAGACACUGUACCUUGGGCAGUCGCAGGUAUUGAUGUAUCCAGACGACAUUGGAAGGCUCAGUAACCUGAAAACGCUUCUUCUGGAAGGUAAUUGCGAGGCGCAGCGGCUGCUCCCAUCUUCUCUGACGCAACUCUCUGCCCUGACAAGGCUUGAGCUCAAGCACUUUCAGUUUACAGAGCUUCCUGAGGACAUAGGGAUGCUGAGUAACCUGCAGCACCUGCACAUGUGUUCCUGCUUUCAUCUUACGGCACUUCCAGACUCCUUCUCCCGCCUCACUGCGUUGGAGAUCCUAAGGAUUGAUGGUUGUGAACAGCUCUCUUCAAUUCCAAGGUUGGAUGCUCUCACGAGACUGAAGCGGCUGGAGCUGAUUGACGAUUUGAACAGAAGGCUGGCUGAACCUCCUGCAUCCCUCCCCCCUUCUCUGGAGAUCUUAACCAUGCCGAGUUACAACCAGCAUGCUCCUUGCUUCGACAUGCCCAGAAUGCCACACCUGAGGAAUCUCAAGCUCAGGAAUGUUGGUGCUGGAAGCAGCCUGGCGGUUGCCAUGGGAGCAUCUCGGCUGAGGCGACUCCAGUUGGUACCAGCGGGGCAUGCUGAGGAUCUCCCCUCACCCUUUCCAGUCCUCCCACACCUCCACACCCUCCUCCUUUUGGGAUCUCCCAAUUUCUUUCCCUACGAUUAUGCGGAUCUUACGAGGCUUCCCGAAUGCAUUGGAUCGUCUGUGCCGCGGCUGAGGAGGCUGAAAGUUGAGCAGUUGUCUUUGACAGAGCUUCCGGCAAGCGUGUGUGAGCUGCAGUGUUUGACGUCGUUGGAGGUUAUACGAUGUAGGCUAGUGUGUCUCCCUGGUGGCAUCGGUGCGUUGACUCGGCUGUGCAAGCUGGACGUGUCCAGAUGCAGGGCCUUGCAGCAGCUGCCUGCUUCCCUCACCCACCUCACAUGCCUCCAGGAGCUAGAUGCUUCAUACACCGGCAUUCUCUCCCUCCCUUCCGGAUUCGCUAGGCUGGCCAGGCUGAGGCGACUGAGUGUGAAUGGCUGUGAGCAUUUGGAAGCCCUGCCGCAUGAUGUGAUGGAGCUGAGGAUGCUGCGCUACCUGGGAGCGAGGGAUUGCACGCACCUGCUUGACAGUGAAGACAUGGUGCAGCCUCGUGGCGUGUACAGCAUGUAUGGGCUGGAGCUGGAUGAUGAAAGGACCAUGUACCGCCGGGUAGCUUAA